CCUUCAGCCGGGCGGCAGCAGCCAGCAGCGGGGAGCGGCGUCGCCAUGUUCUCCCGAGGGGCCGCGGUCCUGAUCUGCCAGCCGCAAUGGGGCCAAGUCAGGAAUAUGGCCACUUUAAAGGACAAAGCUGAUUAAUUUGUGACUGCUAGAAACUUUAGCCCAAUUUUAACCCUCAAAUGCUUGUAGUUACCAGGCGUUUAAAGUCCAUCAAGAACAUCCAGAAAAUUACAAAGUCCAUGAAGAUGGUUGCUGCAGCGAAGUAUGCCAGAGCCGAGAGGGAACUGAAACCAGCUAGAGUGUAUGGAGUGGGAGCCUUGGCUCUCUAUGAGAAAGCAGAAAUUAAGGUCCCCGAAGACAAGAAGAAACACCUCAUUAUUGGUGUGUCCUCUGAUCGUGGUCUCUGUGGUGCUAUCCAUACCUCUGUUGCUAAAGCCAUGAAAACUGAAAUUAGCACCCUCUCAGAUGCGGGGAAAGAGGUCAUGGUGGUUGGAGUGGGUGACAAAUUAAGAGGCCUGCUUCAAAGGACACACAAUAAACAUUUCCUGGUGACAUUCAAAGAAGUGGGAAGAAAACCCCCCAGCUUUGGAGAUGCUUCAUUGAUUGCCUCAGAGCUGCUAAACUCUGGAUACGAAUUUGAUGAAGGAUCUGUCAUCUACAAUCGAUUCAGGUCUGUCAUCUCCUACAAGACAGAUGAAAAACCUUUCUACUCUCUUGAUGCAGUUGCUGGUGCUGAAAGCAUUAGUAUCUAUGAUGAUAUUGAUGCUGAUGUGCUGCGAAACUACCAGGAGUUUAUAUUAGCAAACAUCCUCUUCUACUCUCUGAAGGAAUCCACCACCAGCGAGCAGAGUGCCAGAAUGACUGCUAUGGACAACGCUAGCAAAAAUGCUUCUGAGAUUAUUGACAAACUGACCUUGACAUUCAACCGUACCCGUCAAGCUGUCAUCACCAAGGAGCUUAUUGAGAUCAUUUCUGGUGCUGCUGCUCUGGGAUAAUCGGAAUGCAAGUUUCAGCCAAAGUCAAGAGGUAAAGAAACGAGGAGCUAUUCUAGAGAGUUGGUUUAACCUGCUUAUAUCCAUAUUGAUAAAACUGUUUGUCCAUCAUUCUGUGAAGAAUUCAUGGUGAAAACCUGAAAAUAUUUGUAAAUUAUCUUACAAUAAACCACCUACAUGAAACAAA